AUGGACAGAGAUCAGGCGCGCGUCUCUCUGCUUGUAGUUGGAGUGCUGCUCACCGGCACUGUGAUUGCAGUGCUCGCAGCCAGUCCAGCCGCCGGCGACACCAGUGCUGAGCCUGGGCUAGCCGGCAGCAUGGGCACCGCCUACAGAGUCGACGCGGCUACGGCGCCGCAGAAGCUCACACCGGUGGUGCACCGUCGCGUGCUCGCCAGCCUCGGCAACUCGGUCUUCGACCCUAACAGGCCGGCAUGCACCGGGCAGUGCGGGGGCGCGGGGCAGCCGUACACCGGCCGGGGAUGCGUGCGUGCGUACCAGUGCCGCGGCUAG